CCCCCUCACACAGACACCCACACACACACACACAGAGGGAGAGAGAGAAAGUUGUAGCAGCUGAGUUGAAGCUCUGGGUGGAAUAACAGCAGAUGUUCCACAGCUCUGUGUACUAAUGUGGAUUAGUCAGGAUGCUGCUCUGCAGACAGAGUGGAGCCACAGAAAACCUGCUGGUGUGCAGCUCCUGUCAGUGCAGUUGAGCAGCUUGGGUUACACAGUUGGCAGCUGAAAGUCCAGCUGGGAGGAAGAGAACCAUCGGGACCGUGGAGCUACUGAGAGAAGCAUCCAGAACAGUCCAAGCCCAAAGGUGUUUUUGUUGUUUUUCCCUUGGACCCGAGCUGCUCGUCUGUGUUGGAAAAUGAAGAAUCCACAUUCACUGACUCAUUCAUGGAACCCGACUCUGACCAAGGAGUCAGUGCUGAUGUCUGUGCCCAGCACGAACAAGAAGUUCAAGAGGAAGUCGCGAGAGCCCAAGAGGCUGUUCAGCAGCCCCGAGCCUGACCUGAUAAAAAGCUGUCACGGAGCCGUGUCGGACGACGAGCUGCCGGACGCCGCCGCCGCAGCCGCCUCUGAGGUCUGUCGUGUCGGCAGGUUGUUGCCCCUGCAGCGACAGCUGAUGAUGUCACAGGAGGAGGCGGCGGCCGCCACGGCAGGGAUCCUGACGGGACUGUCAGAGGACGGCGUGGCCGCGGCUCAGACUGGAGCCUUGGACAUGAGAAUUGGUAUCAACAUGGCCGCCGUGGCCUCUAAACUGUCCCAGCAUCCUCCGUUCUCCAGUGCAGAGAUCUCCCACUGGCCCACGGCCAUCUCCCAGCCGCUGUCCAACAGACUCAAACUCCGACCUACCUUCCCCCUGUCGACAUCCACCGGCGCUGCCCCCGACCUCUCACCCAGCCACCAGGCCUUCUCCCUAGACCCCCCCCUCACAGGGCAGGCUUCGUCUCUUCCUGUCUCCAGAACCUUCCGCUCGUCCCAGUGUCACGAGGAGGCGGAGCUGCAGGAGCAGUCGCCUAAGGAGUCUCCUAAGAGGAGGGUGGAGUCCAGUGCUGACGGACAUGGACGUCACCCGGAGGUCAAAGCUGUCCAACAGACCAGGAGACUUCUGGCUAAUGCCCGAGAAAGAACCCGCGUCCACACCAUCAGUGCUGCGUUUGAGGCCCUGAGGAAACAGGUUCCAUGUUACUCCUACGGCCAGAAGCUGUCCAAGCUGGCCAUCCUACGGAUCGCCUGUAACUACAUCCUGUCUCUGGCCCAGUUGGCUGAGCUGGACUACAGUCCAGACCACGGCAGCGUCAGCUUCUCCCAGUGUGUGGAGCAGUGCACCAGGACGCUGCAGGCUGAGGGCCGCAGCAAGAAGAGGAAGGUUGGAAGAAUUCCAGAAGAGGUGUGAAGUUCUGACUGCUGCACGCCCUGUUCUGAUCCAGCCCACACUGAUGUCAGUGUGGGCUGGAUCAGAACACCCUGGUUCACAGGUUCAACUCCCACCAGCAUCUGACCAGGAAGUGAUUUUUUUUCCGAAAGGGACCUUUGCUGUGUGGAGCUGGACCUGGGUCAGACAGGACCGGGUCAGACAGGACCGGGUCAGACAGGACCGGGUCACACAGGACCGGGUCACACAGGACUGGGUCACACAGGACCGGGUCAGACAUGGAGCUGCACUUCCUACACUGAACAUUUGGACUCUUUGGUUCUGUAGUAAAACCCAAACGUUGUUCCUGAUACUGAUUCAAAUGAACUGUGAACUUUGAACAAAAUCUGACUCAGUGUCACAACGACACAUGUGGACGGACAACCCCCCCGUCCCCCCCCCCAUGGAGUCAUGGAGCCCCAGGAGAACUGACAUGUUUUCUUAAGAUCGAGUGUAGUCAUUAUUUUGUAGUUGGGGGUUAAACCAGUGCCUUCAUAGGUCAAAGGUCACCAGUGCCUUCAUAGGUCAAAGGUCACCAGUGCCUUCAUAGUAGAUGAUAUUAAUGAAUCCAGAGCCACAAAAACAUUUCCAUUACUUUAAUAGUGAUAACGUGUAAACACUUUUAAAUACUGUGUUCCUGUAUUAAUAAUUAAUAAUUAAUAUUUAAACCAUAUAAGUGGUGGCUUAGUGGUUAAGGAAGCGGACUUGGGUCUGGAAGAUUGCAGGUUUGAAUCCACCAGCUGUCAAGUUCAGAGGUCAUAUUUCCUCGUGUG